AGCAGUGUUUUAAAUUUAUGAUAUAAGUGCUAAUGAAAAUUAUCGAAAAAUAUGAUGAAAAUAAUAGCAUUGAAUGAAGUAAUAACUCAUGAAAAUGAAGAUGAAUUGACUAAUGCGCUUACCAAAGAAGCUCAAGAGCAAGUUGCACUGAAUGAAUAUAAUCGUGCACUAGAAUUACUUAUAACUAAUAAGAAAAAUGAAGCCCUAAAUGUUUUAAUAGAACUUCUUAAUACAGACCUUCUAGAUAAAGUAAAUAAACCACAAGUGAUGGAUGGACGUUCAAGACCAAUGCUAUCACUGAAAUAUUCAUGUUUUAAAAAUAUUGCGAGUAUACAGGCUGAAUUACAGAAUUAUCAUGAAGCUUUAUAUAAUUAUUGGGAAGCUGCUAAUUUAGAUGAUUCAGAUGUUGUGCUUUGGUAUAGAAUUGGUAUAAUGGCUACUAAAAUAUCCAAUUUAGAUUUAGCUUGUUUUGCUUAUAAAUAUGGUCUUAAACGAAAUAAGAAUCAUUGGCCAUCAUUGGAUAACAUUAUUACUGUUUUAUAUGCUAUUCCUGAUUAUAUGAAUUGCUUAUUAUAUAUUUCUAUGGCUUUAGAAAGAGAUCCUACCUAUAUCAAAGGUUUAGCAUUUCGUCAAAAAAUUUUUAAUGACAUUAAAAUAUAUAAUAGUGAUUGGGUGCAAGAUCCUUUAUUUGAUACCAAAUAUGAUAAAGUAGAGGGAAAUUUACUUCUUAACAAAGCCACUGAGCUUAAACAAAAAUGGAUGAAAUCAUCAAAAAUAGAAUUUUCAAAACCACCUAUUGAUAUGUCUUUAAGAAGAGCAUUAUCACAAUAUUCUUGGUUAGAGCUUGGAAAAAGUUUAGUUGACAUGCAUAGAUGUAUUAUUGAUAAUAACUUGAAUUUUAUUAGCCAUGUUACAUUAAAUGUUUCCAAAUGGUAUGAACCUAAGAUUUCUGAUAAUACAAGUACAAUUUGUACAGAACUGUAUUCAACAAAUAAAAUCCCAGGACAAGCUAUUUGUAAUAACAUUGAAAGUAAUAGUAAAUUUUAUAAGAAUGAAAUUCUGAUUAAGGAAAAUUCUGUUAGUCCAAUGGAUAUUAUGUUUAAUGUAAAAAAAUUAGACAGUGAUAUUAAUGCUUCUCAAUCUAGUGAUUUUAAUAAUAAACAAUUUGAAAAUGAUGAAUUAACUGUAAAAGAUAAAAAAGGGAAGAGCCAGAAAGUAAAGAAACGUCGUAGGAGUUCUCUAUGUUUUUUAACACAAUGGGCAUGGAGUAAUAGUAAUAUAAAACGCUCAUCUAGAGUUAGAACCUCAGGUCGUAAGGAAUAUGAAAGAGAUGGUGUUUUAUUAGAAGAAACUUUUAAACGAAUUUUUCCAUCAUCAUUAUUACCUGAUAAUACUACGUUCACAAAAAAAGAACUUUUAAAAAAUAAUGAUGAUUCUAUGGAUACUAUAGAUUUAUGUACUUUCAUUGCUAAUAAAGAAAGUACUUUUGUUGAUGAAACAAAAAAUAUUGAAUGUUCCAAAUCUGCUGGUCCUACUAAUGAGGAUCAACUAAAAUAUUUUGGAACUGAACAGGAAAAUAUUGAUGUAAAUGAAUUUAUUAAUAAACACACAGGACAAAGUAAUAUAUUAACAAUAAUAAUAAAAUUCUUAGACUUUUUAUGUACUAAAUGGAAUUUUGAAUGGCCUGAGGAAUUGCCUGAAUUAUAUAUCCAAUCCUAUUUUUGUAUGAGAAAACAUAUACAAUAUUCUUCUCCAUUUAUUGAAAAUGUCGAUGAAUGUAUGUUAAAACUGGAUGCUGAAAAAACUUUAUUGUUUUGUGAAUUGUACACAGAUAAAUGGUUAUCGUCUAAACCUUGCAUCUUAUCAGCAUGCAGUUUAAAUAGAUUGGGAAUUGGAAUAUUAUCUGAGGACUUAGGAUACAUAAUGUUUUGCAAUACAAAAAAUGAGAUGUACAAUGAAAAACCUAUCGAUUUUCUAUUACGAUCAUUAUGGCUAAAAGCAAAUAUUUUUUUAUAUCAAGGUGAUACAGAGAUUGCUUUGAAAACUUUAGAAUUGUUACUAUGUCAUAUGCAACGGAUUCAAACGGAUGUAUGUAAGCCUUUUCUUAAAUUGGCAAACUGCAAAUAUAAUUCUACUAUAAAUAUAAAGAAUGUUCAAAAAAUGCUAACAUUUAUUCAAAGAGGGAAAAAAUUUUGUAAAAUAAAAUAUCUUUAUCAUGAAAAACAAUACGAAGAACUAUCAUAUAUAUUAAAAGAAACAUUUCAUUUUUCAAAACAUACAAAUAACUUUUUAUUAUGUAAAGAAGUACCAGUUGAUCGGGUAGAGCAUUUGAAAAUAUUAUUAGAUACCUUAUGGCAACUUCGACAACACGAGGAUUGUUACGUAUGGGCAGAAGCCUGUCUUCAUGAAUCAUGGUAUAAUUAUUUGCAUACUAUAAAUUCUUGUGCAAAUGAGGAUGAAAGAAAUAAGUGGACGAGGUCAGUUUUAUUUGCAUUAGAAAAAUUAGAGGCAUGUGUUAUAGAAGUCAGUACAUUCAUUGUAAGAUAUUUAUCUGAGUCUCGUCGAACACGUCUUGUACAAAAUUUGGUUCACAUUGUAUGUCAUCAAUUAGAUGUAUUAGAUAAUACACCAUCUAUGCAAAUAGAAAGUGUUUCACCUUGGAUAAUUCUACAUUUUAUUCUUCAACACGAGGAAGAUAAGCAACGAGCGAAAUCUGUAUCAACUUUAAAAUAUAAGAUGCAUAACUCGAUACAUUCGGAUGAAGAAGAUGAUGAAGAUUUUCCGGCAUCUGUGACAAUUUUAUUAAAAGCACAUGAAUUUCUCGGUCGCCAUGGUUGGUGUUGUAUAUGCGAAGGAAAACUUUUAUUAUUUAUAUUAAAGUUCAUAAUACCUAGAUUGCAGUUUCCAUUGUAUGCAACCAUUAAACGAAAAUUAAAAGAAUCGGUGGAACAGAUAAUUUAUUGUUUAUAUGGACAUCCAUCAAAAUUUAAUACUGGUUCUAGAUCAAAACCAAAGUAUAUUGAAGAACACAUUAAAACUACUAUAAAUUUGUCUUGGGAAACUUGUCAACUUCUUUUCGAAUUUUAUAAGCCAGAUGUUUUACCUAGUUUUGAAUCCAAACGAGUUGAUUCUAUUAAUUUGGAUACUGUUCUUUUAUUUAAAAAAAUAUGUCUACAUAUUCCAGUGGAUAGUGAUCCUACGAAAAUAGCUGAUGAAAUGAGUUCUUACUUACUUGGGACUAAAGACAAGUUACCUAGUGUGAAGAAAUCAUUACCUAAUCAUAUUUCUUAUAUUUAUUACUUAAUUGCUGAUCAUUAUUUUAAGGCAGCAUCAAAUCAGUCAUGGUCGAGUGCAGCUAAAUAUUAUAUAUUUGAUUUAUGUUUACAUCCACGAGAACUGAAUUCUUGGGCUGGAUUAGCAAUGUCAACUAGCACAUUAAUGGAAACAUGGCUCAAUAAUUUUCAACCGAAUAUUAAUGAAGAAAAGUACCUGGCAAAAGCUAAAAUAGCUCAACGAAGCUAUCAGCACGCAAUUGAACUAGUGCCGUCUCAUCUGACGAUAUGGACUGAAUUUGGAAACUUUUUAUAUACCGUCCAUUCUUUUUGUUCGCGUUUAUUAAAACAAGAAAGUGACUCUUUGAAUAUGAAAAGAUUUCGGAUUUUAGAAACAAAGAAGGAAGAGAUGCUUGAUGAAGCUAAAGAUUGUUUUGCAUCUGCUAACAAUAUUUAUACUGCUUGUCAAGGAAUGGACGAGCAAGACGAACGAUGGUUAUAUCAAUAUAUGUUAGCCAAAAUUGCGGAAAAGAAGAAUCAAGAUCCACCGAUUUUUUUAAAACAUUAUUCCAAGGCAAGUGAUUUACUUUGCGAAAAUAAUGCUGAAUAUCCUAAGCGAAUUAAUCAUAAAAAUCCACAAAAUUUAUCGAUUGAAGCCCUGGAAGUUUAUUAUAGAAUUCAUGCUAGUAUUUUAAAGUAUUUAGAUCAACACGAAGGUAAACCUCUUAAAACGUCAAUUGCCACAGUACUUGAAAAUAAUCUGAAACAUUGUAUGCAAAAUCCUUUUAUGAAAUACGAUUCGAUUUUUAAAAGCAUUUCAAAAGAAGGCAAUAACGUAAUAAAUCAAACAAACAUUACAAUUCGAAAGCAAUCGUUUAAUGUAAAAGAUGAUGAACUUAUUAGUUAUUAUGCCAAACCAACAAUAAUAAAUAUAAAUAAAUCAGACCUUCGAAAAAGAUAUAAUGAUGAAUUGAUUACAAUAAGUGACGUUAAAAAAUUAAAACUAAGUAGUAUGUCUCACUUGCAAUUAAUGCAGGAUGUUGUUGCUUUAAUUGAUGAUCUUAUAACAAAAGUAUGUGAUAAAGUUUCACCUAAAGAGUCUCAAAAAGAACAAAACCCGGUAUCUAAAUCUGACUUAAAUGAUUCAUUUAGCUCUAUUGUUAUAACAUCACCAAAAAAUUCAAUAAUUCAAUAUUUUAUGGAUAACUCGUUAAAAGAAGAAAUAAAAUUAAACGAAGAAAAAAGUAUCUUAAUAAUCGAUGACACAGAUAAAAAUAAAUGUGAAACAAAGUGGUUUCAAAAUGAAGAUUUACAUACAGGAAAUUCACGUAAAUCCGAAAAGCUAGACGAUAAAAAAAAGAAUAUAAAAAUUGAAAGAGCUUUAAGCCGUAGAAGUUCUCAGGAAAGUACAACUACCACUCAGACUAGUACUAGCGAAACUAAUAACUCUACUUCUAGUAGUAGUGAUGAUUCCAGCACUACCGAUGAUUCUUCAGAUACUUCUAGUUCGACUGACAGUGAUAGUGAUUCAAUCGACAGCAAUCUAGACAGAAAAAAGAAAGAGUCUGUGAACGAAUAUACUUAUUUAACAGAGGAAGAUAAUAUUAAAUUAAUUGAAUAUUGCCUUUCUGGCCUAGAACAAUGCAUUCUACGGUUUCCGGAACAUUAUAAGUCAAUAUAUCGUUUAGCAUAUUUUUUCUUCUAUAAUAAAAUUUUUAAAAAUAUACUUAAAUGUAAACAGUUAUUAUUAGGUACAUACGAAUGUCAAUUUUAUAAAAAUCAAACUAUUCAAGGACUUUUUGCCGAGAGAAAGAAUACUAAUUUUUUUAACGGAAUAUGGCGUAUUCCGAUUAAUGAAAUCGAUAGACCUGGAAGUUUUGCAUCACAUAUGUCAAGAUGCGUUGUACUUUUAAUGCAAGUGUUAAAAGAGACUGGUGAUGGUCGAAUGCUUAUAGAAUUAUGUAUUCAAUUGAGAAAAAUACCGGAUCCAGACAAAAAAUAUUUAAGAGAUUCUGAAAGAGAACAGUUAUCUGGUCAAGCCUUAACCUUGUGUUUACAAUGCUUUCGAAAUAAAAUCAAAACUAUGAGUAUAGAAAGUACUUCAAUGGAGCACUGUAAUAAUCGUAUAGAAGAUCAAAUGCAAGUUUUAUUAGAUAUUUAUCAUGUUUAUCAAAAUAUAAAAAAUAUACAAGAAUAUGAAGUUUUAGAAAUUCCAAAAGUGCGAAAAUUGCUUGAAGAUGGAUAUGUCUUAUAUAUUGGAAAUCCUAAUAUACAUGGAAAUAUUUUUGAAUUAGCAAAGGAAUGUUGCCGUCAAAAAAUUCGAGUAAAUAAAACUGGACCAUCACUUAUUGAUCCAAAUGCCCAUGCACAACCAUUUGGAGAUAUAAUACUACCUUCUCCAAUUACAAAUUCGCCUGCAUCAUCAAAUAUGUCAUUUGUCUCAAAUAAUCGUAAAUCUCAGAAGAGUCCAUCAAUUAGUGGAAGACCACGUGGACGACCCCCAGGGAUACAAAAAUUCCCUCAAUUAAUAAAUAGUGAUUCAUUAUUAAUUAAAAAUGAAUAUAGUUCUAACCAUUCAUCUACUAAUACUACAUACGUAUCCAAUACGAAUACGUUAUCCAGUAAUUCGUAUUAUAUUAAUCCAUUCUUGGAACCAAAUAUACUUGCUGCUAUGUUUGGACCAAGUUUUAAUGCAAAUAUAAUAGAUUCUGCAAUGAAUUAUUUUAAUCAAGCUGGUACAUAUCAAGAUAUUAUUCAUCGUUAUCAGGACAAUGUAAACACUAUUCCACAUCUAAAAUCAAGUUAUAACAAAAAGAAUUCUGGGAAUUUCUCAAAAAUGUACGUUGAAAAUCAUCUACCUGUUACUGACAGUAAUUUAAAUAUUGAAAAAGAGAAGCCUGAUAUAUCAAUUACACCAGUUACUAAUAUCAUACGUCGAAAACCGAAAUCAGUGAAAUUAGCUGCACAUGAUACACAACACGAAGUGUCAGAUAUGUCCUUGCAAAUUCCGAAAUCAGUAAAAAUAACACCAUGUUCACGACUUCCUUUAUUUAAAACAACCCAUAAUCAGCAUGUUUCGCAAUUAGAAAGUGAUCACCAAAUGUCUUUAAUCGCAAAUUCACUAUCAUCAGGAAAUAGUGUAAGCCGAAAUUGUAUUACUGUUCCGCAAUCAACUCACACUACAGUUCCAAGGUUUGGUAUAAAUACAUCAGCUUCACAGCCUGGUACAUCUUUACAGCAUAAACUAUUAUCUAAAAAGCAUGGUCAACAUCCUUAUCAAUUAGUUGGAAUACAUAAACCUAAACCAACCAAAAAUAGCUUGCCGAGUAAUCACUCAAAUCCAAUUAAAAGCGUUUCUACACCUUAUAAAACUACAAACUCCUCCAUUGCUUCGUUCGAUCCAACAACUUUACAUUCAACAAAAUGUAUAAAAUUACAUCCUUGUUUAGAAAAAUCUAUAAAUACAAAUGUUGCUGAGGUACCUAUUUUGACGAAUAGUUUUAAAAAUACUAUCAAAGAUAGUAAUACAUUAUCUACUCUUUCUCAAUUACAACAACACUCUCAUUUAGAAAUUAUUCCUCAAAUAAAUCAUGUUAAACAAGAUAUUAAUGCAAUAAAUAAUCCUCGUAGAUCAAUUGAAAUGGAAAACCCAUGUAGUACAAUAAGUCUAUUCAGUACAGAGAGUGUUUCAGUUUAUGAAAUGUCUAAAUGUAAAAUACAUAAUACUCCU